GUUUGAAGCGGAACCUGCGGUCCUCGUCUUUCAGCUGCUUGUAUUUUGGAGCACUUUUAAGGGACUUUACUCGUGUUUUCGGGUCACAUGAAGGAACAAGUGGUGUGAAAGUUCAGAAUAAACACCAUACAAAGAAAGACUGCAUCUUUGCAUGCUGGUGGGGAAUCAGGAAAGGUGCGUUUCUAAGCUCUUGCAGCAGGUUUGGUGAUGGAGUGGAGAGAGCAGACUGCAGUCGGAUGUGAGGUGGCGUUCAGCGAGGCACAGAGAUGGAUGGAGGAGGUGACUAUGAAGAGGUUUGGGAGCAGUAACUUUAGGUCUGCUCUGGAGAAUGGAGUCCUGUUGUGCGACUUGAUCAACAAACUCAAGCCCGGGAUCAUCAAGAGAGUGAACAGACUCUCCACCCCCAUCGCCGGAUUAGACAAUGUGAACGUGUUUCUGAAGGCCUGUGGGAAACUCGGGCUGAACAAUGCUCAGCUCUUCCACCCUGGAGACCUGCAGGACGUGUCUACACGAGUGACUGUCAGACACCAGGAGACGUCCAGGAGACUGAAAAACGUUCUGAUCACGAUAUACUGGCUGGGAAGGAAGGCUCAUGCAGACCCGUCCUACAACGGGCCGCAGCUCAACUUUAAAGCUUUUGAGGGUCUUCUGGGCAUCGCCUUAUCCAAAGCUCUAGAGGAGGCCUCGAGCUCCAAGCCUGGAGCCAGAGACAGUGGCUUUGCCGAGACGUGGUACCCUGACAGGGAGGUGCCCAGCUACAGGAGGGAGGAUUCAGCGGAGAGCCUGGAUUCGGUGGAGUCUCGUACACGGAGCGUGCCAUCAGAUUAUACAUUAAUAGCAGGCAGUGAAGGGUUCGGAAGCGACGCAGAAGCAGAGCACUGCUUCAGGAUGACCGAACCUUUGUCUGCUCCCAGUAGGGAUAGACGAAACAACCCGGCGGUGCUGAGAAGGAAAAGAGUCGAGCAGCGUGAGGAAGGCGGAAGAGGUCACGUCAGCCCUCUCCACAGUGAAAAUGGGAGGGGCUUAGUCAAUCCCUGCUUUGACCUACCUCCCGUUUCUGCUUUCCACCAAUGGGCGCUCGAUUACCAGAGCGACUCCGAGUCCGACUCUGACCGGCCCGAACCAGACCCCGUUCAAGAUGACCUCGCGGGCCGGCGCUUCCGUUCGUCCACCUCAGUGGCUCCUGCCAACUUUGCUGUCCCGCCGAACCCUGCGUGUAUUAAGCCGUUUCCUAUGGUGACACCCAGUGCAAGUAGGUCAUGGGUCACCAUGUCUGAUGCGUCUCGCUUGGUUGCCGUUCCUCAUGAAAGGUCAAGCCAGAGCAUUUCAUCGUUACCUAGCAGAGCAGACUGCUACGGAAUGUCCACCCUGGAUGACGAGCUUCUCCUGCGAGCCCUCGAUGAAGAUUCGAGCGAAUCGGGUGAAGGCUCAGCCGACCCGGUUCAGGAUGACCUCUACACUCGUAGAGUGCUUCAGGCUACCCGUCAGACCUCAGUCAACACAGAUACAGACAAGUUCCUUCCCAAAUACUGGACUCCCGAGGAGGCAGCUCAUGUGGGGCGGAUCAGACUGGGGUCACAGCGCAGACCAUGGUACAAGAAGAUGCAGGGCUUCAGGAGCAAGUCCAUGAGUGACCUCAACCUGGAGCCGGGAGCUGAAGAUCUGAUGAGUCGGCACAGAAAAGCUGCGUUAAAGCUUUCCCUGCGUCAGGAGCAGAUCCGUCAGUGUCAGUCCAGGCUGAGGGAGAGCGAGGCCACGUGGCAGGAGGACCUGAACAGUUGGAAGACUCGAAGGCGAAGCGUGACCUCUGACCUGCACAGGAAGAAAGAGGAGCGAGAGCAACUCGAGGAGCAGAGGCGGAGCCUUCCGAGGGAGGAGUCUUUCGUGUCCUCCACCGCUACAGCCGAGGCCUUCGCUCCUCCUCCAUUGACCUCCAGCUCCGGCACCAUGCCGGGUCCAGUAAUCUCACCCGGCUCUGCGCCUGCACACACAGGCCGUUCUCACAGUAACGGUCCAGUCGAAGCGACCCCUCACUCGGCACCGGUAGCGAACGCGGUGUCUGAUCACAUGCCGAGCGUCUCUGGGACAGACUCCGCUCCUGCGCCGGUCCAGCGUGCCAAGUCUCUAGAGGGAGUGUUCUCAGGGACUCCUCAAAUGUCCUCAGUGCUGCCUAGAGGUUUCCGCAGGUCAGAGGGCACGUCACGGCUCUCCACAGGAGUCACGCCGAGACCAUUCAGCUCCAAGAAGUCCAGGAUGUCCACUCAAGCCAGAUUCUACUCUAUGGACGAGUCUGAUAACAGCGCACAAGAUCUUGCUGCAUCUUUCCCCCUCAGAGGAACCGAUACGACUCCUGAUCACAAAGACGACGUCCGCUCUAGUAAACAUGAAGCCGCAUUGUGGAAAGAGAAGGGAAAGAGGACUGACUCUGCUCCUAGCGUUCGCUCCUUCAUGUCUGCCAGCGUCCUGGUGUCUGAUAAAGCCGCGUCUGGGAGCGGCGAGGACGAGACGCAUCACCAUGACAUCCGAGUCAGUCUGAAUCAGACGCCCGACUGCGGCGCGGACUUCGGCUUUCAGACUCACUGGGACUCGACCGGCGCUCACAUCACAUCCGUCCGAGCAGGCAGCCCGGCUCAGCUGUGCCACCUGCAGGCAGGCGAUGAGAUCGUUGCUUUGGCUGGACAGCGAGUGGCUGAAAUGAGUUACGAACAGUGGAAGGCCAACAUGGAUGCCGCGUUGCGAGAGGGCAAACUGCUGAUGGACAUCAGACGCAUCAGUCUCAACGGUCAUUCAGACGCUCACAGCUCCGUCGGUUCCUCCGUCAGCAGCUGCAGCCUGCCUGAGGAGAGCGAGAGUAAAGCACAGGUCAACGGCCUUCCUGUUAACGGUUUUCCAUUGAAAGCAACGAGAACGAGCUCGCGUGAAGAUUCGGUUCCAACAAGAAACAAAGGUUCCUCUGCAUUCACAGUGGACUCCUCGGUCUACCUUUGUGGAGGCUCCGAGUCGGCCAUAUCAGAUUUGCAGGUUCCCUCGAUCGGUGCGUCGUCCUCGUGCUGGUCCUGGAACGCGGAGGAGGAAAGGAUGAGACAGGAGAAGUGGCAGAUGGAGCAGGAGAGUCUCUUACAGGAGAAGUACAGGCGUGAUCAAGAGAGACUAGUAGAAGCAUGGAGGCGAGAUCAGCAGGAAGCAGCGUUGGAAGAAAACAGCAUCCCUGAAGUUCCUCAACCGCUCGAGAAACAGGAAGUGCCCUCUUUACCCACUGGAAGCAUUGCACAUUACACUCCACCUCCUUUCGUCCAGCGAUCGAAGUCGCCGUCCUCUGUAGCACCUGAUCAAGCUCGAGAGGCGACGCUCGUCCACAGCAAACAGGUCCAGAUAGCAGCAGCGGGUCACCCGGCCGAGGACGAGUCAGAUUCCUCCUCCAGGACGAGUCACUGGCCCGUCAAGUCUUGUGAAUUUACCAAGCUGACUGCUUCAGACAGGAAAAAGUCUAAAUCCACUCCGUCCCUCGAAGGCAGCCACAGGCAAGACACCAGAGCGGGCGUUAAGAAGAAAAAGGCGAGUCCGUCUCCGGCCGAGCAGGAGCGUCUACAGAUCCUGGAGGAAAUGAGGAAGAAGACUCCGGUCCUCACAGACAGCAGCUGGAUUCGUCAGCGCAGCACCUGCACCAUCCACAAGGAGCCAAUCAGCGUGGCACCACUGAGGAGACACGAGUCUCUGGAUAACAUCCACAGCGGCGGCAGCAGCGUCUCCUUGUCUAAGCAGUCCUCUGUCUCGUCUCGGACUCUCUCGGGCCUGAAAGGACCUUAUCGAGGUUACUCGGGCCGCUGUAGCCUGGGCCCCGGGGCCGCCAUUUUCACCAGUGCUUUAAGGCAGAGCUCCUGGUCUCGACCCAGCUCCAUGUCUCCUGCGCCUGACGCUGAGGAGGCGUGUAACCGUACACAGCAGCAAGACAGGCUGGCGAGUCCUCGGCGUCUGUGCUCCCGCUGUGAGCAGCUGCUGGUCAAGGGACCCGCCAUGGUCAUCGAGUCUCUGGACCUCUGCUUUCAUGUUGGGUGCUUUAAGUGUGUCAGCUGCAGGACUGACCUCAGGACAUGUCCAGAGUCUGGAGCUCACGUGCGAGUCAGACACAGACAGCUCUUCUGCGACACCUGUUACAACAGACUCCGAGACGUUCCCAAGUGACCUCUGCGUAUCGCA